GCCAUCUUGCGUCCCCGCGUGUGUGCACCUAAUCUCAGCUGGUCCGCCCGAGACCCCCUGAGCGCCAACCCUAUUCCCCCACGCGGUCCCAUUUCCGCUCCAACAAGAUGAAAGAAACUAUCAUGAACCAGGAGAAACUCGCCAAACCGCAAGCACAAGUGCGCAUUGGUGGGAAAGAAACUGCUCGCCGAAAGAAGGUGGUUCAUAGAACGGCUACAGCAGAUGAUAAAAAACUUCAGUUCUCCUUAAAGAAGUUAGGGGUAAACAAUAUCUCUGGUACUGAAGAAGUGAAUAUGUUCACAAACCAAGGGACAGUGAUCCAUUUUAACAACCCCAAAGUUCAGGCAUCACUGGCAGCGAACACUUUCACCAUUACAGGCCAUGCUGAGACAAAGCAGCUGACAGAAAUGCUACCCAGUAUCUUAAACCAACUUGGUGCAGACAGUCUGACUAGUUUAAGAAGACUGGCUGAAGCUCUGCCCAAACAAUCUGUGGAUGGAAAAGCACCACUUGCUACCGGAGAGCAUGAUGAUGAUGAAGUUCCAGAUCUUGUGGAGAAUUUUGAUGAAGCUUCCAAGAAUGAAGCAAACUGA